AUUUGUUCCAAAUGUGAAAGUUGGUUCAAAACAUUACAACAAGCUUAUGCAUUAAAAAUUUGUCAAAAAACCUGUUUAACUUCGUGGCAUUGGGAUGUAAAUGCAGCAAGAAAUAUUCGAAAUGUUUUUAAAUACAUGUGUGAUAAUAAUGGGGAAAUACUUGAGGCAUUUCAGAGUUUAAAAUAUUUUAAUGUCAGUUAUACUGGUUACCCGCCGAAUCAUAGUGGGGAAUUGCUUAGCUCUCGAUGGGUGGAUAGCUUAGAGAGUAAUGAUAGCAAUCUCAUGAAAUUAUGGUGA